AUGACACGUGGGAGAGCGGCGACGCAGGCGCCAGGAGCAUUUGCCAUACCUGACAUGGAGUCCGUCGCGGCCCUUAUGGAAUCGACAAGCUCCAAGAUACAGCAGCUUCAGGAGGCAUUUGCUGAGCUUCAGAGCCAGAGCGCUGUCUCCAUGAACCUCAAGUGGAAGCAGCUUGAAGACCACUUUCGUGGCCUUGAACAGUCCCUCAAGAAAAAGUUUGACGAGCUAAAAGAGCAGGAGGAGGAGUUCCAGGAGACUGUCGCAAAAUCAGAUCUGAUGCUGGAGCAGCAGGAGGCAGCUGUUGUGGCCAAGGAACUGACCUCUUUGGAGAGGUUGCAGGAGAAGAGGGAUGCUGCAUUAGCUAUGAUCUUUAGCAAGUCCAGGCUUUCCUUGCCUGUUCCUGCCAUCAAUCCAAUGAACAAGGCACUGGAUAAUCUUGGUGUUAAGUGGCCUAAACCGGCUUCUGAAGAGAGUGUGCACUUGCAAGAUGGUAAUGCUGCAGUGAGGCCUCGUUCUGAGCUUGCCUCACUCUGUGAGGAAAUGAAUGUGAAGGGGCUUCAUAAGUUCAUAUCCGACAACAGGAAGAACUUGGCAGCCAUCCGUGAGGAAAUUCCCAGUGCACUGAAGAAAACAUCUAAUCCUUAUGGCCUGGUGUUGGAUUCCCUGGAAGACUUUUAUUCUGGAGAUAAUCUUGUAUUAGAUGGAAAAAAGGAUGGAGACCUUCUGGGUGUUAGAAGGACGUGCCUUAUGUUGAUGGAGUCACUUGGACAGCUGCAAACUAAUGAUAUAAUAACUUGUUUCUCUUCGGAGGGGCACAUGCUUACAACUAAUAUCGUAGAGCGAGCAAAAAAUAUUGCAUUUGAGUGGAAGUCCAAGUUAGAUAAUCUUGACAUUGAUGCUAGUAAUGGGAACUGUCUUGAAGCUCAUGCAUUUCUUCAACUCCUGGCAACCUUUGGUAUUUCUGCUGAAUAUAAUGAAGGUGACCUGUGCAAAUUGCUUCCAUAUGUCAGUCGUCGUCGUCAGACACCUGAACUUUGUCGAUUGCUUGGGUUGUCGCAGAAAAUGCCAGGUGUCAUUGAAGUUCUGGUGGAAAGUGGAAGACCUAUUGAUGCAAUUAAUUUGGCUUACGUGUUCGAGCUUACUGAACAGUUUGAACCAGUGCAACUGCUUAAAGCAUAUCUGAGGGAUGUUAAGAAAGUGUCACAUGCCAGGAAUGUCAAAGUUUCUCCUGGGGCACAGAAUGAGAUGAAUGAACGUGAGUUGUCUGCACUGAAAUCUGUCAUUAAAUGCAUUGAAGAGCACAAACUUGAGGAGCAGUACCCUGUGGAUCCACUUCAGAAAAGGGUUUUGCAGCUAGAGAAAGCAAAGGCAGACAAGAGGAGGGCUGUUGAAGCAGCAAAGCCACAGUCCAAGCGGCCUCGUGCCAAUGGAUCGGCCUUUGCACACCGUGCUACAGGCUUUGCUGACAAGAGCUUCUACCCAGCAACCCCAGAGAGGCAUCCCUCCAAUCCUUACGAGAGGCAGUUUGUGUAUGGUGCUGAGGCUCAUCUUCCUCCAAUGGUGAGCUCAGCGUCUUACACCCUGCAACCUGCCCACGGACCUUAUUACGGUAAUGGCUACCCAGUUCAGUACCAGGUCCCGUAUAUCCACUAA